AUGUUUAUAUAUAUAUAUAUAUAUUUUUAUGUUUGUUUCUAUAUUUACCCACUCAUGCGUUUACUUGUGUGCUUGUUUACUUGUUUGUUUAUUUAUUUAUAUGCCUGUUUAUGUAUUUCUGUAUGUUCAUUCAUAUUUGCUUGCAUGUUUAUUUAUAUAUUUAUUUGUACAUUUACGUAUUUGUGCGUUUGCUUAUUUAUUUGUGCAUUUGUAUAUUUAUAUAUUUCUUCGUAUAUUUAUAUAUUUAUUCGUCUGUUUCUAUGUUUAUUUAUCUAUUUAUCCAUGAGCUUAUUUAUAUGUUUAUUCAUGUAUUUAUGUGUUUAUCUACGUAUUUGUAUGUUUGUUUGCAUGUUCAUAUUUUAUAUAUUUAUUUACGCAUUUAUUUGCUUAUUUACAUAA